CUUAGAGUAGUUCUUGACAAUAAUUAAUACUGAAAUAACUAGAAUUAACCGUACAUAUUGAUUUUUACCUGCAAAACAUCUUCAAAUUCAAUGUUACACCUGUGGCAGAAGAACCGAACGGUCGGCCUCCGCUCUACCAAAGCAUCGGCCAUUCUAGGUUUUAUUCACAGCUACACAAUAACAAAUAUUUAAUGUUAUAAAUAUGUGCCUAGAGAUUGUGCUUUCAAAACCUGAACAAAAAUUUAACAAUCGCCAUUUUUUUGAGACAUGCAUCACAAUUCAACUUUUUUCCAAAAAGAAUACGUCAACCCACAGACUAUAGUAUCAGUUACAGGAGCAUAUUGUUCUGUGGUUACAGAACACAAUAAUAUUCAAAGAGCACAUGACAGCACUUUCACAGAAUCAACAACGUUUGAGCAAAAUAAUCAUACCUAAAAAGAGGCUGUAAAGACUAGACACUUUGCCCUUAUUAAAGAACAAAAAUAAUAAUCAGUUGACAUUUUUGGUUGCAGAGUUGGGUCAUGUUAAAUAGAAAAUAAGUUUAUUUUCCCAUAAACCAAAGAAUUAGUGGUGUAAAUAAAUAGGAUAAAAUAUGCAUCUUACAGUUUGUAUUUGAAACAUGUUGACAACAAUAAGACACAUCAUCUAAUAGUAAUUUAACUGCACAAUGUUUUGCUGGUUGGUGGGAUGAUUGUUAUCAAAUUUACGUGUACCUUAGACAAAUUAUGUGGAUUUUUUAUAAUUCAAUUAGUUUUGGUCCUCCAUUUCACUUUCUGUAAAUUUUGUUAAGAUCCUCUAUGGUGGUUUUUUAAGAAAAGAUAUAAUUUCGACGCUUUGAUAUAUAAAACACCUCUGAUUACAAUGAAUGAAAAGAAAAAACUGGUACAGAAUUUCAAGAGUUACAUCAACGUAUCACCAAAGAACAAUGGAGAGAAAAAUGGUGCAAUACAAGAGGUGAAGCCUAAAUUAUUAAAUGGCGAACUGGUGGUGGGAGCUGCUCACAGCGUGGUGAUGCUGACGCCGCUGAGCGAGCGGGACCGUGGUAGACUUGGCUCGCUGUUCGUCACGAACUACAAGCUCUCCUUUGUACCUAUGGAGUACUCGCAAGGAGAUGAGUAUGGUCAAAGGAAUUUUUUACUGGGCACAUUUGACGUGCCGCUGACGGGAGUGGGCGCGGUGUGGCUGACCGACGGCGGGCCUGUGCGCCGGCGCAGUCUCAUGCCCGGCGGCGACAUGCCCGGGAAGGUCAAGGGUCUUCAAGUCGUCUGCAAGAAUAUGAAGGUUUUAACGUUCAGUUUCGCCAAUUCGCCCAUAGGCAGCGGCAGGAGAGUUGCCAUGGCCUUGAUGCACCACGCCUUCCCCAAGCGGCACGACUUACUCUUCGCAUACGAAUAUAAAGAGCCGUACUACCCCACGUUACCGCCAGAAUUAAACAUGUUCCAAAGGCCUGGAGACUGGAAGAGGGAGUUGGAUCGAUGCGAGUGUCCUCAUUGGAGAAUCACGUGUAUCAAUGGAACGUCAGACGCGUUCAUGCUUACCGCCGGUGAAACGCUAAUAGUUCCCAGUUCUGUAUUGGACUAUAACCUCAUAUCGAGUGCGAGACACUUCCGAUCUGGCAGAGUACCAAUCUGGGUAUGGGGCAGACCGGAAGGCGCGGCCCUCUUGAGGAGUGGCGAGUUGUUACAGACCGACCAAUCGGCGACAACGGAGAGUGUUCUCUUAGAACAGGUGCGUCGGUCUCACCCGAAACUAACGCCGCCGCACGUGGCGUACCUGUGCGGGCAUCCGCUCAACACCGAGCGAGCGAACGCACUGCCGCCGCUAUCUACGCUCGCCGCCGCGCAUCGGAAACUGGUCGACCUUUGUACCCCCACCACGCUAGCUGACUUCUGGGUACGUCUAAUGUUUCACUUUAGCGAUGGGUCGUUAUUCAUUUUUUAAAGUUGCUAUCGGAUCGCCAAUCACCGAUAUCAAAACUAUAUACUUUUGAUAACUAGUUAUUUUCACAACCCUAUAAAGUCAAAGCGAAUUUUACUCUUUCGAAAACGCUAUAAUGCUCAAUUUUGGGUUGGUUGCUUGAUCACUCCGAUUGCCGAACUACGCGGAACGUACAAACAUAUAUCUAUUUCAUUCACACUUGUACUGACAUCCUCUCGUUGUUUCAUUUACACAUGAAAUGGCAUUGUCAACCUUCUCCAACAAUUGGUACCCUAAGAACGUCUUACUCAUGUUUGUAUGUAUUACUAGGAUCAAUUAAUAUAAUUACAAUUAAAAUGCACAACCCAGAAGUACAAUAUGAGUAAACGUCAAAGUAACAGCUAACUGACAAAUAGAGAUGCGCGUAAUGCAAUCAAAGAAUACUGACUAAGGCCCAUUAUAGUCUAUUGUCUAAUAAACAUUCCAUCCUCAUCAGCCCUUUUCCACUACCGGGCCAUCCAUAAGGAUAGUUAAGGAGGAUGGGCCAU